CUCGCACAGGCCCGAGCGCUGCCGGCCUUGUCCCCCCCCUUUCCCCCCACACCUCCGUGGGUUUUUUUUUAUUUUUAUUAUUUUAUUAUUUAUUUUUUCCUCCUCGCUCUUUGCCGUUUGUGCCUCCAAACGUUACUUUGCGUGGAAGAAAAAAAAGUUGGGAGCCUCUCCGGGGCUCCUCGUUCGCUGCUGGCUGAACCUCCUGUUGCAUAAAUGAUGCUCGUGGAGCGAGGCUUUGCCUUUUUUAUUCUCCUCCGGAUUUAGGGUUUAAGAGUGGAUGUUCCCGGGUUUGGCUCGCCUCUUUGGAAAUACAAUUGUUGUUGUUGUUUUGUUUUUUUGGUUUUUUUUUCUCGACCCCCCCCUGGAAAAAAAGCAAAAUCCGACCGUGUUUGCUGCGAGGCUCGGGAUUUCUGAUUGCGGUUAUUUCCAUGUUUCUAGGUUUGUGUGAUUUUGCUAAAAUGCAUCACCAACAGCGAAUGGCUGCCUUAGGGACGGACAAAGAACUGAGUGAUUUACUGGAUUUCAGUGCGAUGUUUUCACCUCCUGUGAGCAGCGGGAAAAACGGACCAACUUCCUUGGCGAGUGGACAUUUCACUGGCUCGAAUGCAGAAGACAGAACCAGCUCAGGGUCCUGGGGCAGUGCAGGACAUCUGAGCCCAUCCAGGAAUUUCGGAGAUGGGACUCACUACGAGCACGUGGCCGGUGACAAUCUGUCCCCUCCCUUUGCCAAUUCCAGGAUUCAAAGUAAGGCGGAGCGCGGCUCGUACUCGUCGUACGGCCGGGACUCGUCCCUGCAGGGCUGCCACCAGCAGAGCCUGCUGGGAGGGGACAUGGAGCUGGCCACGCCCGGGGCGCUGUCCCCCAGCAAACCCGGAUCCCAGUUCUACCAGUACGGGGGCAGCGCGCGCCGGAGAGCCCUGCACGGAUCUGCUGUGGAAGUUCAGACAAAGAAAGUGCGCAAGGUGCCGCCGGGUUUGCCGUCCUCCGUUUACGCUCCGUCCGCCAGCACCGCCGAUUAUAACCGCGAUUCUCCGGGCUACCCGUCCUCCAAACCAGCAACCAGCACUUUCCCCACUUCCUUCUUCAUGCAAGAUGGGCACCACGGCAGCGACCCCUGGAGCUCCUCGAGCGGGAUGAGCCAGGGCGGCUACGGCGCCAUGUUGGGCAACUCCUCCCACAUGGGCCAACCCGGCGGCUACUGCAGCCUGCACCCGCACGAGCGCCUGAGUUACCCGUCGCACUCCUCGGCCGAGCUGAGCUCGGGCCUCCCGCCGAUGUCGUCGUUCCACCGCAGCGCCUCCAACUUCAGCUCGUCCUGCACGCCCCCGGCCAACGGCGCCGAGCCGCUCCUGGGCAGCGGCCGGGGCAGCGGCGCCGCCGGGAGCUCGCAGACCGGGGACGCGCUGGGCAAAGCUCUCGCCUCCAUUUACUCUCCAGACCACACCAACACCAGCUUCCCAUCCAACCCUUCGACUCCCGUGGGGUCUCCCCCUUCUCUCGCAGCAGGCACAGCUGUCUGGUCUAGGAAUGGAGCUCAAGCGUCUUCAUCUCCCAAUUACGAGGGGCCCUUGCACUCCUUGAGCCGGAUCGAGGACCGCCUGGAGCGCCUGGACGACGCCAUCCACGUGCUGCGGAACCACGCGGUGGGCGCGGCGCCCGCCAUGGCGGCGGCUCACGGCGACGUGCACGGCAUCAUCGGCGCCGCCGCCGCCGCCGCCGCCCACAACGGGGCCAUGGCCGGGCUGGCCGGCGGCUACGGCUCGGGGCUGCUGGGCAACCGGCACGCGCUCAUGGUGGGCGCUCACCGCGAGGAAGGCGCGGGGCUGCGCGGGAGCCACCCGCUGGUGCCGGGGGCGGUGCCGGUGCCGACGCUGCCGGUGCCGUCGGCGACGUCGCCGGAGAUCAACCCCAGCCAGGAGCACUACAGGGGGAUCCCCUCAGCACUGCAGGGGCAGAGCGUGAGCUCGGGCAGCUCCGAGAUCAAAUCGGAUGACGAAGGCGACGAGAACCUGCAGGAGCCCAAGGGGAACGAGGAGAAGAAAUUGGAAGAGGAGAAGAAGGAGAUCAAAUCCAUUACUAGGUCAAGAUCUAGCAAUAAUGAUGACGAGGACCUGACCCCCGAGCAGAAAGCCGAGCGGGAGAAGGAACGGCGCAUGGCCAACAACGCCCGCGAGCGGCUGCGCGUGCGCGACAUCAACGAGGCCUUCAAGGAGCUGGGCAGGAUGGUGCAGCUGCACCUCAAGAGCGACAAACCCCAGACCAAGCUGCUCAUCCUGCACCAGGCCGUGGCCGUCAUCCUCAGCCUGGAGCAGCAGGUCCGAGAGCGGAACCUGAACCCCAAGGCGGCGUGCCUGAAGCGGCGCGAGGAGGAGAAGGCGUCGGAGGCGCCGGCGCUGGCGCUGCCCGGGGGGCACGGGGGGAUCCCCGACACGGGAGGGCACCUGGGACAGAUGUGACACAGG